UUUUUUUUUUUCCCUCUUCUAAUGAACUAUACAGAGUUUUCACGGACUUGUCUUUUCUGUUUACUCUUUCCUUAUCUUUUGUAUUUAAAACAGACACAUUGUGCUUCAAUUGAUUUACUAAACCAAAUUAUUAGACGACCUUUAAUAAGCAAUAUGCUUGCCUUUGCUGUAAUGUUUACAAGGAAGAUUUAGAUGAACUAGGCGAACGCUUACUCAGUACCCACGGCAAGUCAUUACGUUAAGCUUAUUAUACUCAUGAAACACCCACUAACUAAACUUGAAAAAGAAAAGAAAUGGAAACUCUCGACCGGUAAAAUCGUUGAAGACGCUUUGUACGAAUUUGGGAAGCAAUAUCUUGCGGACCACCCAGCUUGCUCCAUGAUUUUAGAUUUGGAAGAUAAAAAUUAUUUGAAGGAAUGUGUGUUUACAGGAGUAGAGAUCGAGAAGAUGAAGAUAAAGAACCCUAUUCAAUUCAUCAACUCUAUACCAGAAAAACUUGCAACUUAUAUCAAUGCAUUCAAUCUUAGAAAUGUUGAAGAUCUACGAGCUGAGCUCUUGAAGGCGUAGGAUUGGGAAAUAAAUUAUAGUAUUGAUAAGGAUCAUGAUUUGGAUUCGGCCAAACACACCAUCCAUUCCUUUGUAAGACUGUAUGAAUUAGGAAAUUUGAAAACUGUUCAUAAGGAAUCAUGGUACAUUGCGCGUGUGUGGUCCUUGAUCGAUACUAUAUUCGAUGAUCUUGAAAAUUGUUGAUAAGGUAGAUAUAAAAAAAAAGACAGAAUAAAU